CGCCGUCCCCCGCCCCAACCAACUACCACCCCCUUGAUAAAAGCCCGAGACUACGCAACCAUCAAUCAUGGCCUGCGGCUCCGGUUGUUGUGGGCAGCCAGUUCCGGCUCCUUCCCACCAGGCCGACUCUGACCCUGUUCCCACUCUCACGCCGAUGCAGGACGAUCGCGACAGCUGCUGUGACGAUGUGAACCUGGGAACCGACAAGAAUCCCGAACAGCUCGGGGCUGUUAGCGCCGCUCGUGAUGAGUCUACCGAAGAGGAGGAUUGCUGUGCUCCCGAGCCUUCAUUACCUGACUCGGAUUGCAACAAGGGCUGCUGCUCUACUCAGGCGCCGCCUCGUUCGGAUGGCACAGCCGUGCCUAGCUGUUGCGAGGUGAAAUCCACUCGUGACGAGCCUACCAAAGAGGGGGGCUGCUGCGCUCCCAAGCCUACCGAAGAGGACGACUGCUGCGCUCCCAAGCCCACGCCACCUGACGCGGACUGCAAGAAGGGCUGCUGCUCUGCGCCGGCGCCGGCGCGUUCGGAUGACACGGCCGCAUCCGGUUGUUGCGAGGGGAAAGCCGCUCCCUGCUGUGACCAGUCCUGUCUCGAUCGCCUCGCACUGCGCGAAUGCGAGAAAUACACGCCCAGCCUUACAACCCGCAGCUCAACCGUCUCUACUUGCGGCCGAGGCAAGGACCGCAAGCCGUGCGUGGACCAUGCAAACAAGGCCCGCCUGACGUACGCGGAGACGCUCGCAGCCCUCGGCUGUAUCUGCCGUGCUCUGGUCGCCCUCGGGCAAGAGUCUUGUUGCUUGCCUCCGCCCUCGUCGUCCGCGAGGAGCAUCCGCCGCUGCUCCCGGGAGACACCGUCAUUUUCUCGCGUCUCUGUCGACUCGUGUUGCGCCGCCAGCGGUGUAGACGCGGCCGGUUGCUCCGCGAAGAGGCGUCCGGGCUCGAAGAAGGGACGUCGCCGCUCUGGUUCCACAGAUGCCGAGCCUGGGCCUCGUAAAGCCGCAGGCGUUUGUGCCGAUUCUUGCUGCGACGAGAAGAGGCCUGCAGGCCGCGUCAGUGGGGCGGUGGAAGUCUGCGCGGAUGAGGAGGACGGUGCCGACGUCGAAAGGGCAUUCACAAAAAAUGAGAAGGAGCAUGUCAUUCUCAGCAUCUCCGGUAUGACGUGCACCGGGUGCGAGACCAAACUGGUCCGCACUCUUGGCACACAUCCCGCGGUCAAGAAUCUGAAGACCAGCUUGGUACUUUCCCGCGCCGAGUUUGACGUGGUUGGUGCUGCUUCCGUGGUCGAGGUCAUGAAGCAUCUCGAAAGGACGACCGAGUUCAAGUGCGAGAGGGUCACGAACAAGGGGUCAAACCUCGAUCUCAUCGCCCCUGGCGGUGAUGCCGCUGCCUUCGUCGACCGACCCUGGCCGGGCGGAGUGACUGAAGUGAGAGUGGCGGACAAGAAGACGGUCAACGUCAGCUUCGACGGCAAGGUUAUUGGAGCUCGCGAUCUCGUCAACCACGGCUGGGAUGAUGGUCCAAUCGAUCUCGCUCCGCCUCGGCCCGACCUAACUCUCGAAGCCGGCAGCAAGCACGUUCGCCACAUGGGAUACAUGACCUUGCUCUCCGCGUGUCUUACGAUCCCCGUUCUGGUUAUGGCCUGGGCUCCGCUUCCUGAACGCAAGAUCGAGUACGGCUCGGCAUCCCUAGCCUUGGCGACUGUCGUUCAGUUCGCCAUCGCAGGUCCCUUCUAUCCGAAGGCUCUCAAAAGUUUUAUAUUCUCGAGGAUUAUCGAAAUGGACUUCCUCAUUGUCCUGAGCACUAGCGCGGCUUACAUCUUCUCGGUUGUCUCGUUCGGCUACCUCGUCUCGGGCCAGCCACUGUCGACGGGCGAAUUCUUCGAAACGAGCACCUUGUUGGUCACCCUGAUUAUGGUGGGCCGUUGGGUCGGCGCCUUGGCCCGUCAGAAGGCCGUGGAGUCUAUCUCCAUACGAUCCCUGCAGACCUCUACCGCCCUCCUUGUCAACGACGACGGGGAGACGGAGAUCGACGCCCGCCUUCUUCAGUACGGCGAUGUUUUCAAGGUUGUUCCUGAAUCGAGAAUACCUACCGAUGGCACGGUGGUGUCAGGCUCAUCCGAAGUCAACGAGUCGAUGAUUACAGGAGAGUCCAGACCAGUUGAGAAGCACGCCAAAUCCCCAGUCAUUGCCGGAUCAGUGAACGGUUCAGGCGUGCUGCUUGUCCGGCUCACGCGACUCCCCGGCGAUAAUACCAUCAGUACCAUCGCCGGAAUGGUUGACGAGGCAAAGUUAUCAAAGCCAAAGAUCCAGGAUCUUGCAGACCGUGUUGCCGGCUAUUUCGUACCGGCUGUUGUUGCGCUGACAAUAAUCACGUUCGUUAUCUGGAUUGCCAUCGGCGUCGCUGUACGCCAACAGCCAGGAAAGGAAGCUACGAUUGAAGCAAUUACCUACGCGAUCGCCGUCCUGAUCGUAUCUUGCCCAUGUGCCAUCGGCCUUGCGGUCCCUAUGGUGAUCGUUAUUGCCAGCGGCGUUGCCGCCGAGCGAGGAGUCAUCUUCAAAUCGGCGGAGAGCAUCGAGGUUGCCUAUAAAACCUCUCAUGUCGUUCUCGACAAAACGGGUACCAUCACCGAGGGAAAGUUAUCCGUUUCUCGGGAAUGGUAUGCUAGAAGCGACCAAAACACGGCCAAGUCGCUGCUUCUAGGCCUGGUAGGGAGCAUCAAGCACCCCGUCUCCGCCGCCGUAGCAACACACCUGAAAGGUCAAGGCGUGUCACCAUCCCCAGUCUCUCAGCCAAAGACUCUCACUGGAAAGGGUGUCGAAGGGACUGCCAAAGGCUCUGGCUCGCUCCUUCGGGCGGGUAAUUCACGAUGGCUCAACCUCGGUUCCGAUCCGGAAGUGCAGUUGACGUUGUCGCAAGGAUACACCGUAUUCUGCUUCACCAUCGCCGGUUCUAUCGCUGCAGUCUUUGGUCUCGAAGACUCGAUCCGACCCGACGCCGCUUCCACGGUCAAGACUCUGAUCGAGAGUGGCAUAUCCGUCCAUAUCAUCUCAGGUGAUGACGAUGGCGCGGUGCGCUCUGUCGGAGCACAGCUGAACGUCCCCGAAACCAAUAUCCGAUCCCGCUUACCUCUCCAAACCACACCACCACCGCCAAAGCGCAAGAAACCGGUCGUCAUCUUCUGCGGCGACGGCACCAACGACGCGGUUGCUCUCGCCCAGGCCACCAUUGGCGUGCACAUGAACGAGGGCGGCACCGACGUCGCCAGCUCGGCGGCCGAUGUCGUCCUCAUGCGCCCGAACCUCGCGGGUAUCCUCACCACCAUUGCCGUGAGCAGGAAGUCGAUUCGUAGGAUCGCGUUCAACUUCGGCUGGAGCUUUGUCUACAACCUCUUUGCCGUCCUGCUCGCCGCCGGUGCGUUUGUCCGCGCAAGGAUCCCGCCCGAGUUUGCCGGCCUCGGCGAGCUGGUUAGUGUCUUGCCUGUUAUUGCUGCGGCCAUGCUGCUGAGGUGGUCUGAGAUUUGA